AUGAAGCAAGAUUUCAUCAAGUUACUUCAAGAGUUCAAAGACGUCUUCGCAUGGUCAUACCAAGAUAUUCCCGGUUUGAAUACCGACAUUGUAGUACACCGUCUUCCUAUAAGAGAUGAUUGCAAGCCAGUUCAGCAAAAACUCCGGAGGAUGAGGCCUGAUGUUGUACUAAAAAUAAAGGAGGACGUUCAAAAGCAGUUCAAUGCUGGAUUCCUACAAGUGGUCAAGUGCUCAGAAUGGGUGGCCAACAUCAUACCCGUCCCUAAGAAAGAUGGGAAGGGUAAUGCCAUUUGGGUUGAAAAAUGCGGGAGCUACAUACCAGAGAGCCAUGUUAGUGAAAAAGGGAUUGAGAUUGACCCAGACAAAGUCAAAGCGAUACAUGAAUUGUCUCCGCUGUGUACUCAAAAAGAGGUUCGAGGUUUCCUAGGAAGACUGGAUUACAUUGCUCGGUUCAUUUCACAACUAACUGAGAAAUACGAUCCCAUAUUCCGUCUUUUGAAGAAACAUAACCCAGGUGUAUUGGACAAAAAAUGUCAGAAAGCUUUUGGCAGAGUAAAACAAUACCUGUCCAGUACCCCAUUAUUGUCACCACCUAAUCCGAACAAAUACUUAACGGUGUUUGAUAACUCCAUGGGAUGCAUGUUAGGUCAGCAUGAUGAGACGGGGAGGAAAGAGAAGGCGAUUUACUAUCUUAGUAAAAAAUUCACCGACUAUGAAAUGAGAUAUUCACCUAUUGAAAAAUUAUGUUGUGUCUUGAUCUGGACGACGCGAAGAUUGAGACAAUACAUGCUCUACCACACAACUUGGCUAAUUUCAAGAUUAGACCCCUUAAAAUAUAUGAUGGAGUCAACUGCGUUGAAUGGGAGGAUGACUAGAUGGCAGAUUUUGCUCUCCGAGUUCGAUAUAGUUUAUAUAAAUCAAAAGGCUGUUAAAGGGAGUGCAAUAGCAGAAUUUUUAGCUAGUCGAGAUUUAGAAAACUAUGAACCUCUGGAUUUUGAUUUCCCAAAUGAAGACUUGAUGUGCGUGGCAACUGCUGAACAGGAUUCUCAAGAAAAUCAUCCUUGGAAGCUAAAUUUUGAUGGAGCUUCAAAUGCCAUAGGAAAUGGGAUUGGGGCAGUCCUGAUAUCCCCAAAUGGAGACCACUAUCCUUUUACUAGUAAAUUAGAUUUUGACUGCACAAAUAAUAUGGCCAAAUAUGAAGUGUGCAUCAUGGGCAUCCGUGUAACUAUAGAACGUAAAAUUAAGACGUUAGAGGUAUAUGGGGACUUUGCAUUGGUAAUAUACCAACUCAAGGGUGAAUGGGAGACAAGAGACCUCAAAUUAAUCAGUUAUCGGAAGUUGGUCCUCGAAUUGACGGAAGAUUUUGAUGACAUUACUUUCCGCUAUCUCCCACGAGAUGAAAACCAGAUGGCUGAUGCAUUAGCCACUCUAGCUUCCAUGAUCAAGGUGAACAAGCUAGAAGAUAUGAAGCCUAUCCAGAUGAGCAUUUAUGAGACCCCGACUCAUUGCUACAAUAUCGAGGAAGAGAAAAAUGACAGUCAUCCUUGGUACCAAGACAUAUUGCAAUAUGUGAAGAAUCGCGAGUACCCUAAUCAGGCAACGGAGAAUGAUGAGAGGGCAUUGAGGAGACCAGCCAUUGACUAUGUCCAAGAUGGAGAGAUUUUACACAAAAGAGGGAAGGAUCAAGUACUAUUGAGAUGCGUGGAUAAUGUGGAAGCCAAGAAGAUCCUAGAAGAAGUCCAUGAGGUUUACGGGAUGGAGGAAGUGUUACCCAUUGAAGUUGAGAUCCCCUCUCUCCGGGUUCUAGCUGAACUAAAGCUAGAUGAGGCUGAAUGGAUCCAAUCCCGAUAUGAUUAG